AUGGCAGACCAGUCUACCUCGCUAGACGAGAAAGACGACGUAGAGUUACAAGUUGGGGGUGAUUCAAGUAACACGAGACGAGCUCACAACGAGAGGCGAAGUGAACGAAGAGGAAAUACCACGCGUCUCGUUUCAGAGAUCAACAAUGAGGUAAAGUUUUGAAUUAAUUUGAGAUAGUUUCUUGCCUGGUAGUUCUGGCCUUUGAGGUGCUCCGCGAUUGGUUUGAGCAUGCAUUUCUUUCUAAAUAAAUAUCGCCUGGAAAAUAUAGCACUAAGAGCUCAAAUUGCGCUUAGAAAAUUGGCAGUUUGUUUGCAGAGACCUACAUUGUAGCACAGACCAAUGAUAUUGCAAGAGUCCUAGCUAUCAGUUCUUAAAAUCCCCUAUUAAACUAUGUGUUUAAACUGUUCCUCGUGCCAGGGCCAUAUCUGUUUUACGUUUUCAAUCUCGAAAGUAAAACUGCCCCUGGGUUUUCGAGGAUGAUUGUUGGUUCCUCGGGGGUCACCACGUGUAAGUCGCCGUUUUAUUCUAAUUCCUGCUAAUUUUACACAGCUUACGUAUAUUAUCAUAACGAAACUACAAAACAAAAUACAAUCGACAUUUAUUUAAUACUCAAGGAUGUAUCGCGGGCAGGUGGUGUGCGUUACGAGAUUUGACCAAUAGCAAGCCGUCGGUUAAACAAUAGUCGUUAAACAAGCCGUCGGGUAAACAAUAGUCCUCGCGGCAAACUAGAAAGAAUUUCAGCGCGUGGAGUUGAAAACAUUGUUCCUUUUCAAGGAUUUCGGCCAUGGCAAUUAAAAUUUUUUCAGGCAGAAUUAAAGGGAAACAUUCCUUUUUUCUCAAAGGUACGAUUUAAUAUUACAUUUGAGCUCAAUGACUGCUUUAGCUGAUCUCAAAGUAAACCUACUCGGGUGAGUUGACACGUUAUCGUAAACUGAACUUUCACACCUUUUCUUAGACUUCUCAUUACUUUACACCGUUGGUUUUCAUCCAUACUUUAGGACGUACAGUUAAUUAAGCCUUUAGUCUUUUAGAACUUUUGGGUCUACUCGGGUCUACCCUUUUAGUUUUCUUUGUUGAGGCCGUUCAAAACUGAUAGCUUCACUAUAAACUUGCCCAGGUCACCUGGUGAGUAACAUCAAUUUUCUGAGCUCACGCGGUUGUCACGCGCGUCCUUUAUCAUCUUUUUGUUUGAUCUUUUUUCGGCCUAUUUUUCUUCAAUUACAGUUAAAGGAACAAAAAAUUCAAACUUUCAAGGAUUUUGACGUUGAGAGUGACAUUUUUUAUUUUGGCGUUUGCAGAGUUUGGUCUGUAGAGCACGUGGAAAGGUGCAUGCGUGAUUUAUGGUCUAGCGACAUUUGACCCGUUUGAAAAUUUGAUCUUUACGGCUGUUUUGUUUAUUAACGUAUUGCAUUUGCAUGUUUCGAUUCAAAUCGGAAAAGUGUCUGCGAAAGAGAAAGACCGGCCUUUACAAAGUCUUUUUGCGUUUGUAGACUUUAUCUUUGAUAACUUUACCAAAGAAAGGGCACUAGAUUUAAAUUCAGGCUAAAUACCGCAAACGCGGGAGAUGUUCACUCCGUCUAGACAAAGGAAAAAAUGAGCUGCUCGACAAAUUAAUCCAUGAGGAAUUGAAACUCGUGACGCACACCGCCUGGAUGUAUCGUAUGAAAUGUUUAUAUGUUGUAGACACGUGCAUGUUCGAUCAAUCCAAACGCGCGUUCUGCUUGUAUAAACCAUGGCUUUUCUGACAUCAUUCGUAACUGCCAUUUCGCUAGUCGGUUAACCCCAUCGAGACUGCCAACCGAGUCAAUGAAAAAUAAAGCAUUGUAAGUAGAGAGGCUUGCUUAAUAUUUGGAAGGGAAAAGAGAAAAUCGUAAAAUGAAACCAAUUAAAAAGGUUCGCUAAUAAUAUUCGAGAGGGGGGGUUCUGAUUUAAAGGGAAAUCAAUGAGCAGCUCGUUUCUAAGAUUCCGCUUUGACCAACUGUAGGGAAAGAAGAAAAUCGAGAUCGUAAAUUCUCUACAACUAUGCCCCUUGGAGCAGAAUAAAAGCAUAAUCGAGAAUGAACUAUUGAGAGCAAGUUCUGAACGGAGCAAGAACAGGUUGCAAGGUUUACUGUAUGUUUUAGACCAACUUUUUCUUCCAGUAAAAGAUUUCAGUGGAAUUUUAAGGACAAAGUCUUCGAUGCCUUUUAAUGAAGCACUUGAGUACUUCCUUGCAUUCCAACCUCAUCACUCUGGGGUACCUACAAAAUAUCAAAGAGGUGUCUUUCGCGAGGCUUUGUUACAUGAGAAACAUGGACUGAGAAUAAAUAUCAUUCGAAUAAGCGAGAGAUCAGAAUAUGUUGCCCUUCGUCCAGAAAAUGUAGACUUAGAGCCAUUAUUGCUGCAUGUUUUUAAUGACAUUAACGACAACAGUAAAAUCGGUGAUGGUGCACUGGUACUCGACAAGGAGACCCUUCAGGGCAUUGUGUCUACUAUGGACUCCGAGUGGGACAAAGUAUGCCUUAGAGUCGUAUUACGGUCAAUAUACUCCAGGGACGAAAUGCAAGGCCUUGGUUUUGAUCCUGAUAACCUUCCCUCUAUGACUGAAAGAGUUAAAUUUGUAGCGGAAGAGGUUAAAAAUGCUGAUGAGGCAGCAGUUGAUCUAGUAAGGUUGCGCUUAACCUCUAAGAAGGAAAUUCUCGAGAAGAAAAUAAGCGAGAAAGAACGCCUUUAUGAGAAGAAAAGACAUGUGUGGUCUACCAACACUGUCGAAGAAAUACUUAGUGAUAUCCAAGAGCUCAAAGAAAAAGUCCAAGACGUACAUAAUCUACUCUUCUGCAAGCCUACUGACACCUGCUAUCAGAGGAAACGUCAAAUGCUAAAGCGCCAAGCUUCCAGUCUCAUCGAAAGCAACAGGCUUAAGAGAAGAAAGCUGUCUAGCCAAGGCCCUAAGUUGAGGCUAGAUGGGGAUGAUGAAGAUUUUAUAGCAAAGGCAAUAGAAGACAAAGCAAGCUAUCACGGCAGACGGCACGAUACAGUUCUGUACACCGGCCAGAGAGUGAAGAAGAAGAACCUGCUUACCAUUGCCAACUAUCGGCUUGCACAGCGUGGGAAGAAGUUAAUACGUUCAGCUACAACAGUGUACAACAGGGCGAGACCGCGAAACAAAAGAAGCGUGCAAGCGAAGCGACAUACUGGAAAGGGUCUUUUCUGCUGGAAAAAACCACCCAAAGGCGAGGAAAAGAGUAAUGAAAACACCCAUUACCAAAGAGCCCACGUUAAGAACAUAAAGAUGCGAUUUUGGGGUGCUAGAAAUGCUGAGAGUACAAAGUUUUGCUUCAUGAGAAGCAUGGACGACAAAGCUUACCUCCGACCUGGGACUUCGGAGGGUUUUGAGAAAGCACGAAAUCUAAGGAUCUUGACACUUACAGAUGAAGAAAAAGCGAGAAAGUUGCCAAAGUAUGAUUGGCCGGAAAAGAUGGUCUAUGUGACUCCCGGAUCACAUCGUAUUUUCACUAAGUCUAGCGUCAUGGCCGACAAUGAUGAGAAGCUUGUAACUGAGGAUGAUCGGCACCACGUGAUCGUUCGGCCGAAGGCAAUAGUUGGAUCUUCAGGGAGUGUCUGGGCAAGCGAAACAAUUCGCUUGCGACACGAGGAUCCAGCAGCUUUUGAAGUUGAAAAUACAGAAACAAACGCUGAAUAUUCUCUUGGAUUUCGCAAAUGCUGCGCUAGAUUGCACGAUGACCUAUUUUUGUACUAUGACAUGACAGAGUCGGACGACUUAAACAAAAUUACCGAAGAGCAUAACUGUAAGUUUUACGCCUAUGAAAAGCAAAGAGCAGGUCAUCUAAAACUAAGGCUGGAAAAAAUCCUGCAGUUGUCAGAGGUAACAGAAAUGUCUGAGCACAAUAAGUCCCUGCUUGCCUGUCGUGUGAUUCCGACCAUCAAAGAUAUUUUAAAUGCUAUUGACGAGGUAGCAAACAGUGAUGCUCCAGUUGACACCGCAGAAUCUAGAGUUCAAUCUGUUUUGAGAGUGAGCCGUCCUUGCAAACAGGGUCUCGAAAUAGUUAGUGAUCUCUGCUUGCCACCCGUGAAGCCAAGAUGGGCAGAUUUGACGGAUGCCGGACCUGGCGUUGGCGUUUCUAACUAUGAAGUUCGCUUUCGCGACGCUGAGUUGGCGCGAAUCCACAACUCGGAUUAUAGAGUACGAUGCCAUCGCUCGAGAGGUGACAGCGGGCAAGGCGAGGCCGAGCGCACAAACUCGGCCAUUUCAGACGCUCUUGUUGACGGUGCAACGCUGGAAUGGGAGAAGUACGGUCGAUUCGAAGAUCUCUCUGAAGACGAAAUCAAAGCCAUGUCUCUCCAUUCCUAA